AUGACGCAGGCUCCGCCCAAGCCUGGUAUCGCGCCCGUCGAGCUGGCCAUCUCGUGUGUCUUUAGCGUGUUCUUUACCACGAACGCGCUUCUCGACCUCUCAGCCGACUUGUGGGCGCUGGACGCUCCGCGGGCGCGGCUUGCCUUUCUGCGGGACUGGUAUGUCUUUCGGCAGUGGUCGCCCAUCGUCAGCCCGAUAUUCCUCGCGCUGACGCUGCUGCUGCCAUUCGCCGUCUUCACGCUCUGCAAGGGAGCGCUGGAGAGCAUCUGCGGCUGGCGCAGCGCCUCUCGCCUCCGCCACACGGUCGACAUUUUGGAGGCCGUCAUCCUGGUGGGAGUCAUUCUUCCGAUCGGGAUCCCGGCCGCCGUCUCGGCGCAGGAGGCUCUGAUUGCCGCGUGCAAGGGCUCUGUCACCGGGGGCGUGAGUGGCGGCGGGCCCCUCGGCUUCUUUAGCGCAGACACGACCGCCACACUCCGCCCCGGGGACAUGUCGGCGUGCAAGGCGAGCGCCGCAGAGCUGCCGUCGCCGCACCUGCUGAUGGUCGCGCUCAACUUGCUCAUGUGGGCGUGCGACGUCUUGCGGUACAGCUGCGGCGCUAGAGCAGCCGCAUCAGGGUCGCAGGGUCGGAUCGUGUCAAGCCUCUCGCCCGGCCGGCCGCGUGCAGACGUCGGCCUGUCUGCUGCCUGCAGUGAUCUGUCGGCGGUCAGUACGACCGAUCAGGGCUACCGCACCGCCAUCCUCAACAACCGCGCCUGCUUCGAGGGCAAGGCGGUGCUCGACGUCGGAGCUGGCUCGGGCAUCCUCGCCAUCUGGGCAGCUAAGGCGGGCGCGCGCGUCGUGUAUGCUGUCGAGGCGACGUCGAUGGCCAAGCACGCACGCCGGCUCGCAGCGGCAAACGGUGUCGGCGACGUGGUCGUGGUGCUCGAGGGGUACAUGGAGCAGGUGACGCUGCCGGAGCAGGUAGACGUGAUUGUCUCCGAGUGGAUGGGCUACUUCUUGCUGCGCGAGUCCAUGCUAGACCCCUGGCUCAAGCCGGGCGGCGCGCUCUUCCCGUCGAGCGCGUCCAUCUACCUGGCGCCGCUCUGCAGCAGCCUGUACGCGCCAAAGCUGCGCGAGUUCGAGCGAGAGGUGUCGGGGUGGUCCCACUUCAAGGACUUCAUGGGGCGGGAGAACGGCGUCGACAUCAGCGUGCUCGACGCCGAGUGGCAGCAGGAGCAGCACCCCCUCCUGGACACUUCCUAG